GCGCGGCUGGGCCUGGCGGGCCGCGCUCCGAGGCUCGAGUCCCGGCCUGCCGGCAGCGCUCCUCCCCCGCUCGCUCCCGCCCUCCGCGCCGUCCCGCCCUCCGCCUCUGGCUGGGUGAGGCGCUCCUCUGGCAGUGGGCAGCAUGGCGGCCGUGGAGACGCGGGUGUGCGAGACGGACGGCUGCAGCAGCGAGGCCAAGCUCCAGUGUCCCACCUGCAUCAAGCUGGGCAUCCAGGGCUCGUACUUCUGCUCGCAGGAAUGUUUUAAAGGAAGUUGGGCUACUCACAAAUUACUACAUAAGAAAGCAAAAGAUGAAAAGGCAAAGCGAGAAGUGUCUUCCUGGACUGUCGAAGGUGAUAUUAACACUGACCCAUGGGCAGGUUAUCGAUACACUGGUAAACUUAGACCACAUUAUCCACUGAUGCCAACAAGGCCAGUUCCAAGUUAUAUUCAAAGACCGGAUUAUGCUGAUCAUCCCUUAGGAAUGUCUGAAUCUGAACAGGCUCUUAAAGGUACUUCUCAAAUUAAGUUACUCUCAUCUGAAGAUAUAGAAGGGAUGAGACUUGUAUGUAGGCUUGCAAGAGAAGUUUUAGAUAUUGCUGCUGGAAUGAUUAAACCAGGAGUAACUACUGAAGAAAUAGAUCAUGCUGUACAUUUAGCAUGCAUUGCAAGAAAUUGCUAUCCUUCUCCUCUGAAUUAUUAUAAUUUCCCAAAGUCUUGCUGUACCUCAGUGAAUGAAGUCAUUUGCCAUGGAAUUCCAGACAGACGACCUUUGCAAGAAGGUGACAUUGUUAAUGUGGACAUUACUCUUUACCGCAGUGGUUAUCAUGGGGACCUGAAUGAGACGUUUUUUGUUGGAGACGUGGAUGAGGGAGCACGGAAACUAGUGCAGACAACAUAUGAGUGCCUGAUGCAAGCCAUUGAUGCAGUGAAACCUGGUGUUCGAUACAGAGAAUUGGGAAACAUUAUUCAGAAGCAUGCUCAAGCAAGUGGAUUUUCAGUUGUUAGAAGUUAUUGUGGGCAUGGAAUCCAUAAGCUUUUUCAUACAGCUCCUAAUGUACCCCACUAUGCCAAAAAUAAAGCCGUUGGAGUGAUGAAGUCGGGCCAUGUAUUUACAAUCGAGCCAAUGAUUUGCGAAGGUGGAUGGCAGGAUGAAACCUGGCCAGAUGGCUGGACUGCUGUGACAAGAGAUGGAAAGCGUUCUGCUCAGUUUGAGCAUACUCUGCUGGUAACAGACACUGGCUGUGAAAUCCUGACCCGGCGACUGGAUAGUACUCGACCUCACUUCAUGUCCCAAUUUUGAAUUCUCGCAAGAUGACACAUCUCAAAAAUACCUUCUUAACUGUACUAUGCAUUGUAUUGAGAGUACAGAAAGGAAGAGUCAAAUUUUUUUAUCACUUAAAUUGUUUUGAUAAGAAUGUUUUACGGCAUAGGUAUGAAUCCUCAACAACUUGUCUUGAGUCAAAAAAGAUGAGAAGAAUAAAGGAAACAUUGCUUAACUCCUUUCUUAUUCUCCUCAACCCCUUUUCUCUGAAUACCUGUUUUCUCAUUUACCCCUUGAGCACUUUCACUUUAACCUGCUUCUAGUUGCUUUUACCACUGCGACAGAUGGGCCAUCAAGAGCCAGCUGCUUUCCAGUGAAUGUUGAAGGUGAAAAUCCUUGAAAUUCUAGCAACAUCUGUUGCUCCAGAUUUUUUAUUUUAUAUAUAUGUGGAAAUAUAUAUGUAUACAUUUUAAAUUCCAUAUACAUUAUUAAGAAUACUGUGUGACCUUCGGUUUAGAUUAGUUCUGCUCUGGCAGAGUUAUUUGUUGUCAUAAAUGGAUCCAUAGUUUCUGGUGACUUAAUUUCUACUUGAGAAUUGGCCUUUCCCUCUUUCUUGCUAUUUAUUCCUAUAAUUGUGUGUAGGAAAGCACUCAGUGAGAGCUUCUCCCCAGUGUUGACUUUGGCUUAGUAGAUGAAUGUGGUAAAAUUUGGUUCAGAAGCAUAUCAAACUUUUAAAAGUUUAGUUUAUGGCAAAAAUAACUAUGGUUCAAGUGGUGGCUGAUGCUGCAAGGCAUAGAAUUUUAUAAUGCACUGCCAUUUCAGACUUCUGUUUGGUCAGAAAUGGAAGAGGAAAAACCCUCUUACUUAUUUCUAGGGCAUAGCUUGGUGAACCAGAAAAGAUAGGGGCUACACUGUGGGAUGGAUGAUGGAGAAAGUGUUCUAAAAUGUUUCUUACUGUGAGCACAGUAAAUUGAGAAUCUGAAAUUUAGUAAACCUAAUGAUGAGAAAGGAACUCUGAGUACUAUAACCCUGCACAGGGAUACUGCUGUCUGUGGUGUGCUGAAAAUACAUACCAUCAGUUCAUAAUAGAGAACCUCCUUAAAAACAGCCAUGGAUGCCCAAUAUCUGUUUCUUUCAACAGUUGUUUAGAUAGAUGUGUACACCUAUGAUAGGUCCUAGAGUCUUUGACAGUAGAUAAUAGAGUGUACUUGAUUACUGAGUGAUGACUUUUUAAUAAUUUGGUACCAGUGACACAUGAUACUUGUAAAAGAACAUCUUUCCCAGAGUGCCUCAGACCUUAUUGCUUUGAGAAUUAUGAUAAUGUUUCCAUUACUUUUAUUGUUUUAAUGAUUUAGUAAAGUGACUAAAUCUGGUAUAGACUUUUGGGGGUGUGUGUGUAAAGUUUUUAUCAAACUGUAAUAUUUGUGAAUGGAAUGCCUUGUAAUAUGGAUGUUAAUAUAAUGUGUAAAGGCAAAUUAAAAAGUUUAAAUAAUUCUA